AUGAUCUUUGCAGAAGGAGAGCGGGAAGAAAUAAGGGAGAAAGUUGAAGAAGCACUUGCAGAGAAUGCUGAAGAAUUGGAUAAGGCAAAAGCUGCAGCCGAUGAUGAGGUGACGACAACAAGCACGGAAAAAGAAGAGGCCAAAGGAGCUGAGGAAAAGAGCGGUAAACUGUUUGGUUUUCCGGUUGUAUCUGUGGAAGAAACUGCGUUUUUAGAGGAAAAGACUGAGGAUGAAACUCCUUCGGCCUCCGAAGAUGCUAAGACUGCAGAAGAACCUGAAAAGGCAGUUGAAGCCAAGGAGGAUGAUACGGCUGCAGAACCCGAGAAAGCUGAUGAAGCUAAGGAGGAGGCUACAGCUGCCGAACCCGAGAAAGCUGAUGACGCUAAGGAGACUGAAGCAAAGAAGCCAUCCGAUGAAGCUGCUUCAGCUAAAAUGACUGGCGACGACGGCGCCGAAGCAGUCGCUGAAGCGACAGCUGCAGAUGAAGCGGCUGAGCCCAUGGAUGCUAAAGAUGCUGAUGCUGCUGCUGACGAGCCAGCUGAAACGGAGGGAACCGAAGCCGAUAAAGAAGAUACUGAAGAAGAGCCUAGCAAUUUCCAAACGGCUUGGGAAGUUCUUGAGGUUGCUCGCAAUAUUUGCGACAAGCAGGAACCCACAAAGGAGUGGGAAUUGCGCAAAGCUGAUGUUCUUUUCGCUUUGGCUGAGUGCUCGAUCGAGGAGGAAAACUACAAGCAGCUUUUUGAAUAUUGCUUUGCUCUAGUCCACAAGGCUUUUCAGGCUCUCGAUGAUCUCACAAGCGCCCUACAAAUCCAACUUCUUCACCUUUCCGCUGGUGACAGGAUCAUUGCACAAACCUACGUGACAUUCGCCCGCGUUUACAAGUUGGACAAAGAUUUUGAGCAGGCUUCUGAGUACUAUCGAAAGGCCAAGGAGUGCAUCGAGCUGCGAAUUGAAACCCUCGAAAAGGCGGUUGCUGAAAUGACUGAGCCAGAAAAGGAAGCGGAGAAGGCUGAAAUCGAAAAGGAAUUGGCUGAUCUCAAGGGACUUGUACCAGAUAUCCAGCUGAAGGUCCAAGAUGCUGAAGAAAGUGCUGCAACUCUAAAGAGGGCUGCUGAAGAGCUGAAAACGGCUUUCGCUGCUACAUUGCCUCAGCUUACCACUGUCAAUGAGAAUGUACCCGUCAAUGAUAUUUCGAACAUGGUAGGAAUUUUUUUCUUGUGCUUUUUAUUAGGCUUUCAUCAAUUCCAAUUAUUGUCAUCGUAUAACCUUAAAGGCAGUGUUUGAAG